AUGAUGCGUGAGGUGAUGCCAACCAUCAGUGAAGCCGAAGGCUCCCCAGGAGGAAGUGGGAGCCAUGCAUCCGGCUCCCCUUCACAGGCAGACGCAGAUUCACAUUUUGAACAGUUGAUAGUCUCCAUGCUGGAAGAGAGGGACCGACUUCUUGACACUCUUAGAGAGACUCAAGAAACGCUGGCAUUAACCCAGGAGAAAUUACACCAAGUUGGUCAUGAAAGAGAUUCCUUGCAGAGACAGCUCAAUACUGCACUUCCACAGGAGUUUGCUGCAUGUACGAAGGAACUGAAUGCAUGCAGCGAACAGCUUCUUGAAAGGGAAGAAGAAAUUGCUGAACUGAAAGCAGAAAGGAACAACACCAGGCUGCUUUUAGAACAUUUGGAAUGCCUUGUCUCUAGGCACGAGAGGUCUCUCAGGAUGACCGUGGUGAAGAGACAGGCACAGUCCCCAACAGGUGUGUCCAGCGAAGUCGAAGUGCUCAGAGCACUGAAGUCGUUGUUUGAGCACCACAAAGCUCUGGAUGAAAAGGUGAGAGAGAGAUUACGAGUAGCACUUGAAAGGUGUAGUUCGUUAGAGGAAGAAUUAGGUGCCACACACAAGGAGCUAAUGAUUCUUAAAGAACAGAAUAAUCAGAAAAAAACACUAACAGAUGGAGCGCUUGACAUGAGCCAUGAACAAGAAAAUACCCCGAGCACGAAUGGAAAGAGAUCUUCUGACGGUUCGUUAAGCCACGAGGAGGACCUUGCUAAAGUAACAGAGCUCCAGGCAGUCAUAGACAAGCAACUGAGGGAGCAGAGCCAAAUGAAAGAGCGCCUGGCCGCCCUCUCCAAGAGAAUCAGUCACGUGGCAGAGCUGGAGGAAGAUCUCUACACGGCCAGGGAAGACCUGAUCAAAUCUGAGGAGAUGAACACGAAAUUGCAACGGGACAUCCGCAAAGCCAUGGCCCAAAAAGAAGACAUGGAAGAAAGAAUCGCUACUCUUGAAAAGCGCUACCUCGCUGCACAGCGUGAAGCCUCGUCUGUGCGUGACCUCAAUGAUAAACUUGAAAAUGAAAUUGCAAACAAAGACUCUAUGCAUCGACAGACUGAGGAUAAAAACCGCCAGUUACAGCAACGGGUGGAAUUAGCGGAGCAAAAGCUGCAGCAGACCAUGAGGAAAGCCGAGACACUCCCGGAGGUGGAGGCGCAGCUGGCCCAGAGGGUGGCAGAGCUCUCGAAGGCUGAAGAGAGACACGGCACCAUUGAGGAAAGGUUAAGACAGAUGGAGGCGCAGCUGGAGGAAAAGAACCAAGAACUGCAGCGGGCAAGGCAGAGAGAAAAAACGAAUGAAGAGCAUAAUAAACGUUCAUCAGACACUGUUGACAAGCUUCUUUCAGAAUCUAAUGAGAGGCUCCAGCUUCAUCUGAAAGAGAGAAUGGCUGCUCUAGAAGAUAAGAAUUCUCUGUUACGAGAAGUUGAAAAUGCAAAAAAGCAAUUGGAAGAUACACAACAUGAUAAGGAUCAGCUCAUCUUAAACACUGAAGCAUUGAGUGCUGAACUAGACAGGCUGCAUAAGGAGGCAUUGCACACAGUCAGCCGUGAGGAUGUCAGCGACCUGAGAAACUCGACAGGCUCCCAGGACGGUCCCGUGAGCAAUCCCAGCAGUAGCAACAGCAGCCAGGACUCGCUCCACAAAGCCCCAAAGAAGAAGGGCAUCAAGUCCUCUAUCGGCCGCUUGUUUGGCAAGAAAGAAAAGGGCCGACCUGGACAAGCUGGCAAAGAAUCAUUAGGACACGCUGGUGUUUCAGAGACAGAUAAUGCAUCUCAAGAUGCCUUGGCACUGAGCAAACUGGGAGGACAGGCUGAAAAAAAUCGUAAACUUCAAAAGAAGCAUGAAUGGCUCGAUGAAGCCCGAAGACAAGGUUUGCCUUUUGCCCAGUGGGAUGGGCCGACCGUAGUUGUGUGGUUGGAGCUCUGGGUGGGGAUGCCCGCCUGGUAUGUGGCUGCCUGCCGAGCCAACGUGAAGAGCGGGGCCAUCAUGUCGGCCCUGUCGGACACAGAGAUGAAGCGUGAGAUCGGCAUCAGCAAACCCCUGCAUCGGCUGAAGCUGAGGCUGGCCAUCCAAGAGAUCAUGUCUCUUACCAGCCCGUCCGCCCCUCCCACGUCGCGAACGACACUCGCACAUGGGCACAUGAACCACGAGUGGAUUGGGAACAAGUGGCUGCCCGGCCUGGGCCUCCCUCAGUACCGCAGCUACUUCACGGAGUGCCUGCUGGACGCCAGGAUGCUGGACCACCUGACCAAGAAGGACCUCCACGGGCAGCUGAAAAUGGUCAACCGUUUCCACAGAAACAGUUUCCAGUGUGGAAUUAUGAGCCUGAGAAGAUUAAAUUACGACCGAAAAGAACUGGAAAGAAAAAGAGAAGAAAGUCAGAACGCAGGAAAAGAUGUGCUUGUUUGGAGCAACGAUCGAGUGAUUCGCUGGAUCCUGUCAAUUGGCCUUAAAGAAUAUGCAAACAAUCUUUUAGAGAGUGGCGUUCACGGUGCCCUUCUGGCCUGCGAUGAAACCUUUGACUUCAACGCACUGGCGCUAUCGUUACAGAUCCCAACGCAGAAUACACGGGCUCGUGCUGUCUUAGAAAGAGAACUUAACAACCUUUCGGUCAUGGGGACUGACAGAAGGUUGGAUGAAGACGAUGAUAAAAGCUUUAGGAGAGCACCAUCAGGGAGAAAAAAAUUUAGACCAAGGGACAUUCGUGGCUUAGCUGCUGGAUCAGCAGAGACUCUUCCUGCAAACUUCGGGGUUACUUCUUCUAUGUCUUCACCCUCCAUGCAACCAAAGAAGAUGCAGAUGGACGGCAGCGUGUCAGGAACACAGAGGUUGGAUUCUGCCACAGUCAGGACUUACUCCUCCUGCUAAAGCCUCCUGCUCUUUACCCACACUACUUCUACAGAUGACUGUGCAGCAUUUUGAAUCCAACAGAGACUACAUUUUAGAAUGCAAUGGAAUCUUUAAUCUGUUAAUACUUGUUGUAUGGACCCUAAGAUAUUUUGUUACAGAGUUUUUAAUGAGUGAAAGUUUCAUGAAUACCAUAGCGAAAAUAUUUUAGAAUUUAACGUUUCUUAUAUUUAGGUAAACUUAUGACUCUUCACUUAUAUAGUUACUUACUUUUUCAUGUAUAUCCAGGCUAUAAAUAUCCUUUCAAAUCAAUUCAUGUUCUUACACCUGAUUUUAGUUUUUCACAUGA